UGCAGCGUUACAGUUUCCGACACCUUCUUUUUAUAACUCGCCUCUGUCCCCCUCCGCUCGACCUGUCAAAACCACGCCUAUGGAGCCACACAAUUGGUCCGAAAGCGUCAAAGAGCCAAUCAAGUAUGCCGCAGCUGCCCUGCAACCCCACAACACAUCCAUACAAUCCGGUGCAGCGAAGCAGCCAGGCUCAGACACACACACUCACACGGGGGAUUCUCGGCGGCGAGCGCCUCUCGCUCGGCGUCUCUCCGCGGCUCUCCCUUUCUCUCCUCGACCUCUCCCUCGCCGCGGCUGAGCCGGAGAGCAGCGCCUGGCUUCCCACCGCGAUCUUUCAUAAAGCAAAACUUAUUUUUGAAAAAAAAAGGCAUUGAAGAAACAAAGAGUGGGAAGGGAGGAGAAUUCCAAAGAGGACGCCGGAGAGAAGACGAGGGAAGAGGCUUGCUGGAAUCAAACUUUGGCAAAGGCGUGCUGGUGAGGGGGAGGGGAAAACGGAAGCCACAUUUUCGCUACAACUUUUUGGCGCUGCUAAUCGUAAGAAGCCUGAUUAGAACAGGAUUUAUUUUAAUUCAUAAUUUCUCCUCCUCCUCUCUCUUUCUCUGCAUUUAUAUAUAUUUGUUUCCCCCUUUCUUUCCGCUUUGGUGUUCGAAAUAAAAAAGGGGGGUAGCCACGGGAGGGGGGAAGCUCAGCCUGUUCCCCGCCGAUUGCCACAUUUGCAACACAACAGCACACCAGAGAAAGCCAGCCGGCCGGCCAGAGCCACCCAGAAGCAUAUCUACCUGCAAGGAACGUCGUCUCCUUUCGCUCCAUCACUUUCAUCGCUUUUUUGCAGAAGCAGUGGCCAAAGUCUGGGCAUCCGAGGACGCUUUUCUCUCCGCAUUUUUCCUAUUCUUUCCAAAACAGACAUUAAAAAAACCAAAACAAGCAACCGGCCCUCCAUAGAAAAAGCUUCCAUCCCGAAGGAAGAAGCGCCCUAGUUCCGGGUAAAGAUGCUUCCCAGCUUGGGCUCGGUGGCGUGGACUGUCUGAUGGCUGCGCGUGUCACCCUUCGACUCACACCCCCUCCGGUGGCUCGCCUGCUUUUCUGACGACCCUCUUCCCCCUUUCCCCCUUCCUCCCCCCUCCUCGCCUUCUCCCGUGAACUGUAGCCCGAGGAUGAGCUGUUAAAGGCCGCUCCAGGAUUCAGAACUUGCGCAGGCCGCCCAUCAGAGCGAGGCAGUUGGAUGAACAUCUCCAUGAGAGAGCCCGUAAUCCCGGGGACAAGCAUGGCUUACCACCCGUUCCUACCUCACCGGGCACCGGACUUCGCCAUGAGCGCCGUGUUGGGACACCAGCCCCCUUUCUUCCCGACUCUGGCUUUGCCCCCCAAUGGAGCGGCGGCUCUCUCCCUCCCCGGGGCUCUGGCUAAACCGAUUAUGGAUCAAUUGGUCGGGGCGGCGGACUCCGGCAUCCCCUUCUCCUCCCUGGGACACCAAGCGGCGGCUCACCUGAGACCUUUGAAAACCCUGGAGCCGGAGGAAGAGGUGGAGGAUGACCCCAAAGUCCACCUGGAAGCCAAGGAGCUUUGGGAGCAGUUCCACAAACGAGGCACCGAGAUGGUGAUCACCAAGUCAGGAAGGAGAAUGUUUCCACCUUUUAAAGUGAGGUGCACAGGGCUGGAUAAAAAAGCCAAAUACAUCUUGCUGAUGGACAUUGUGGCGGCAGAUGAUUGUAGAUACAAAUUCCACAAUUCCCGGUGGAUGGUGGCCGGGAAAGCCGACCCUGAAAUGCCAAAGAGAAUGUAUAUCCAUCCGGAUAGCCCAGCAACAGGCGAACAGUGGAUGUCCAAAGUCGUCACGUUCCACAAACUGAAACUUACCAAUAAUAUUUCGGAUAAACACGGCUUUAGUCUUCGGUGCGCCUCUCUCCCCUCCCGCUCGUCCCUCGCCUCCUUGCAGACUAUCUUGAACUCUAUGCACAAGUACCAGCCGCGGUUCCACAUUGUCCGGGCCAACGACAUCCUCAAACUGCCUUACAGUACCUUCCGCACUUACGUUUUCCCAGAGACCGAAUUCAUCGCGGUUACCGCAUACCAGAACGAUAAGAUAACCCAGUUAAAAAUCGACAACAAUCCAUUUGCUAAAGGCUUUCGUGACACAGGGAAUGGGAGAAGGGAAAAAAGAAAACAACUCACCCUUCAGUCGAUGAGGGUUUAUGAUGAGAGGCAGAAAAAAGAAAACGGGACCUCAGACGAGUCAUCUAGCGAACAAACAGCUUUUAAAUGUUUUGCCCAGUCCACCUCUCCCGCCGUGUCUGCUGUGGGCACCUCGAACCUUAAAGAUUUGUGUCCCAGCGAUGGAGAAAGCGAUUCGGAAAGCAAAGAAGACCCCCUGGAGGCCAGCGACUCCGGCAAAAUCACCACCACCACGGCCCUCACGGUCAACAACAGUUCGGCGGCCGCGGCCCCCGGCGCCGGAGGAGGAGCAGGGGAGGCGCGAGAGAAGCACAGCCCCUCCAAACCUUCCCCCUACCCCCCGGACUCUGCGGGCAGCAGGGGCAGGGAGAGCGCCUCCAAGGCGGCCCCGGACUCCAGGCACAGCCCGGCCACCAUUUCCUCCAGCACUCGGAGCCUGGCAGGGGAAGAGGUCAAGAGCCCCCCGCGGGAGGACUGCCGAGGCUUGGCCAAGGAGCCCUUCGCCCCCCUGACGGUGCAGACGGACAGCGGCGGGCACCUGGCCCAGGGACACUUGCCCAGCCUGGCCUUCCCCCCGGGCCUGGCCGGACAGCAGUUCUUCAACCCGCUGGGCAACGGGCACCCCUUGCUCCUGCACCCGGGCCAGUUCGCCAUGGGCGGCGCCUUCUCCAGCAUGGCCGGGAUGGGCCCUCUGCUGGCCACCGUCUCCGGCGCCUCGGCGGGAAUGAGCGGCCUGGAUAACACGGCCAUGGCCACGGCGGCGGCAGCAGCGGCGCAGGGACUGUCCGGAGCUUCGGCGGCAGCGGCGGCCGCAGCGGCGCUACCCUUUCACCUGCAGCAGCACGUCUUGGCCUCGCAGGGCUUGGCCAUGUCUCCCUUCGGAAGCCUCUUCCCUUACCCCUACACCUACAUGGCAGCGGCCGCCGCCGCCUCGACGGCAGCCACCAGCUCGGUGCACCGGCACCCCUUCCUCAGCGCCGUGCGCCCCCGACUCCGCUAUAGCCCCUACUCCGUGCCGGUGCCCCUUCCGGACAGCAGCAACUUGCUCACCACCGCCAUGCCCUCCCUGGUCGGCGGCGGCGGCGGAGCGGAGGGCAAAGUCGGCGCCUUAGCAUCCAGCCCGGCCUCGGGAGCCUUGGAUUCCGGCUCGGAACUCAACAGCCGCUCCUCCACUCUGUCCUCGGGCUCCGUCUCCCUCUCCCCCAAACUCUGCUCGGACAAGGAAGCGACGAGCGAGUUGCAAAACAUCCAGCGCUUGGUGAGCGGACUGGAAUCCAAGCAAGACAGAGCCCGGAGCGGAUCGCCCUAGAGAGCCCCCCACACCCACCCGCUGCCCCCUUCCGAAGUGGGGACCCCGUUCUUCCCCUCCUGGCUCGGACCCCGAUUCUUCCGCUUUGGGCGCGCAAAGCAGGAAGGGAGGGAAGACGACGGAGUCGCGCUUGCAAGCUGCUAUUCGGAACCGGACUGUGGCGUCCAUUGGAUUUGGGGAGGGGGGUGGCGGCACAGGUUCAGGAGAGGCGCUGAGCCCGGGAUCGGCUUUCUGCUAUUGUUCGAUCCCUGUGUACACAAGAAGAGAAAAGGAGAAGAAAGGCGGCCCAGAGAAAGGCUCGCGGGUUGCUUCUUUCCGGGAUAAUAAGAACGAGGGACUUUGCAUAUCAGUUCGUUAACAAACAAACAGAAAAAACGCCUGAUAGUGGCCCUUGUCAAUCUUUGUUAAGGGAGGGUGUUGCCCUUUGAUAGCGUGAUGCCUGUCAGCCGCAGAAUUUGGCUUUGCAUGCUCCGUUCUAAUCGUCGUCUUUGGGAGGUUUUUUUUUAAAUGCUUGCUUAAAAUCCCAGGGACGAUUCCCCCCCCCCAACAAAACAAAAGACUCCCCCCUUUAAAUUCUUCUUGUAGCAACAAUUUAAAAUGUAGUUGGGAAAAGAAACAGGGGUUGGGAUUAUUUGAUUUUAUUUUUAAAGGGGCCUUUGUUCCUUGUAGAGUUUCAGAUCCCCCCCCUUUUACUGUAUAUGCAAUAAUAAGGUUUAAAACAUAUUACCGAGAAGAAGAAGAAAAGUGGACACUGUUGAUAAAGUAUUUAUGUAAUUAAUUGAUAACUUGUAAAUAGAUGGCAUAUGAAUACUGGAAAUUAAAAUUUAAUUUAUUGAGAUUGUACAUAGACUGUAAAUAA